CGUAAUGGGGUGGCCGCUACGGGUCACGUGGCCGCGCCAAGAUGGCGGCGCCCAGCUCGACCUUCCGGCUGCUGGCGCGGUGGGGCUGCUGGGUCCCAGGCCGGGCGUGGUGCCGUGGCUACGGCGGGCGGACGUCCGCCACUGGCGAGCUGGUGACACACACGGGGCAGGUAUAUGAUGAAACGGACUACAGAAAAACUCGUUUCGUGACACGGCAGAAGGAGGUGAAUACAAGCUUUGCCAUCGAUUUGAUAGCAGAGCAACCUGUGAAUGAAGUUGAAAGCAGAGUGAUAUCAUGCGAUGGUGGUGGAGGAGCUUUGGGACAUCCUAAAGUAUAUAUAAACUUGGGAAGCCCUGUGAGCUGGAUGCCAUGGCACCACAGGCCAGGAUUUGAGCACUGCUGUAUUAGAUGUCAACACUGGCUAAAAUCCCAGCAGAAAUAACAGUAAGAACAUUGGAAACGGAGCAUGUUUUACAGAUCAAGAUAAAGAAACAAAAACUGGGACAUGUGGCUACUGUGGACUUCAGUUUAAACAGAAACAUCAUCACUGAUAGAUAUUUGUGCAUGCCCUGAAAAACUCUAUCAGUAUUUCAACGUUAUCAUAAUAAUAACAAUAAUAAUAAUAAAAAAUUAAAGCUAAAA